UAGAGAAAUUUCCUGGAGAGACGACUCUUCUGACCGGAAUUGCACGUAUCCACGAGGAGUUGAAUGACAUGACCAAUGCUGUGAAACUGUAUAAAGAAGUGCUACAUUAUGACAAUACGCAUGUGGAGGCCAUCGCUUGUAUCGCUACUCAUCAUUUCUACACUGAUCAACCAGAAAUUGCGCUCAGAUUUUACCGCCGCCUUCUCCAGAUGGGUGUGUACAAUGCAGAGCUGUUCACCAAUCUAGGGCUUUGCUGUUUCUUUGCUCAGCAGUACGACAUGACGCUGAACUGUUUUGAAAGAGCGUUGGCUCUGGCUUCCGACGAAAACAUGGCGGAUGUUUGGUACAACAUUGGUCACGUGGCUGUGGGUAUUGGAGACAUCCAGCUUGCCUAUCAGUGUUUCAGAUUGGCGCUUGCAUCGAACAACGACCAUGCAGAGGCGUACAAUAACCUGGGAGUCCUGGAAAUGAGGAAGGGUCACACGGAACAGGCCCGCGCAUUCCUCCAGGCCGCUGCCUCUCUAGCUCCUCACAUGUACGAACCUCAUUACAAUCACGGACUGCUUUCACAUAAGAUUGGUGACCUACAGAGCAGCCACAGCUCGAUCAGUAAAUCGUUGGAAGGUUAUCCCGAUCACAGCGACAGCAAGGACGUGCUCAACCAACUCAAGGAAGAUUUCGCUGCUUUGUGAACUUUCAAUUGACUUCACUCACUGUAUUAUAUUGUACAUAGAUAAUACCCGAGGGCGCUCGUUUUUAGCGAAUUUAUAAGUUGAAUGAACCAAGAACUCCAAUUCAGUUGCUAUCAACGGCUAGCUAUGACGCUGCCGUCAUUCGGAACUAAGAUGAACAAAGCCUCACAAGCAGACAUCAAACUGACA